AUGGCGAGUGAUAACUCUGAGGAGGAGUUUGUGACACGGAGGGUACGUUGCAGCAACGGCGAUGAUGUCGAGACAGAGUCUGGCGGCGAUGGCGAUGGUGAUGGCUUGCUUUUGUCCGAGGAGACGGAAGCAGUGGAGUCGGAGGUUGAUCGGGCGUGCACGCCUGAGUUUGCCGCGCCUCUACGGUCGCAGUCUGCGGUGGUUGAUCUGGUGGCAAGUUCCGAGGGCGGAGACAACGAGAGCCUGAGCUCGACCCGGUCGGGUGCUGGUGGGGUUGGUGCAGAGUUGGCGGUGGUCGGCGACGACUACGCCGAGCUGGACGCGUUCUACGCUGAGUGGCAGCCAUUACAGUCGCAGUCACCACGGGCUGAACCGGCUUGCACAACGAGAGAGAGCAGCUCGGCGCCGGUAAUUGUGCUGGACGGCGACAAUGACGGCGACGAUGACGACGACACGUUUGUCGACGGCUCGCGGCGAGUCGCGCAUUUCACACCAAUGCGCUCGAACGGCUCGAACGAGUGUGGGUCGUCUGAGUCGUCAUCAAGCAUCUCGUUCUCGCCGCCGCGGUCGCAGCCUGUGGGGUCUACGGCGUUGGCGGCGGCGGUUCCGGCGCGGCGUGCGGCGUCGUCUCUGUCAACGACGACGCCGGGCAACAAGCGGAAGCGGAAGCGGAAACGGGAGCAGGAGCAGGAAGCGCCUGCGGAUCGCCCGCCGAGCCGGGCGGAGCGCGAGGUGGCGGCGCAGUUGGUGCGUGCCAACUCGUCGCGUGUCAACGUGCCCGAGGCCGACGCGCUGAGCGAGCUGCAGGUGUUGCUGGACGACCAGCUGCUGGGCGACGACGAGUUUGUGGAGGUCAUGGAUCGGGUGCUGGCGGAGCUUGCCGAGUCUGUGCCUGGACUGGAGACGAUACCGGCCCGAUACGAGCCGCUUGGCGUGGGCGGAUGCGUGGUGUGCGACCGGGAGGUGGUGGCACGGCGGCUAGCGGGCGAAGAUGAGGCCGCAGCGGAGUACAUCCAACGGCGCGGCGAGCAUGUGGCUGUAGCUCACGAUGUGGUGAUUGAGCCGACGCCUUGCGUCCUCAAGUACCUCGGGCACGGCGAGUUCUGCCGCCAUGUGCUGGCGGGCACGCUUCUGAACGCGUGCCGUGAGCUCGUGCGGGCGUACCCGUCGAGGCCGCGAGCGUACCUGGCCGUUGGUCCCCCGCCCGUGCCAGGCGGCCCGCGCUACCCGCGGCCGAGUGGAGCGCAAAUCCAAGCGGCGGUUGUGGCGAUCGAGCUCGAGCUUCAAGUCACGGUGCAGCAGACCGGGACCCGCGGUGCGCUGGCCUUUCUCCUCCGGCACUUUUUCCGGCACGUGGCCAACUCGGCGCAUCAAGCGCCGCCGUACGCGCUCGCCGCGCUCGGCCUGCAUCUCGACGCCUCGACGGUGUCCAAGUCGCGCAAGCCGAGCGAGAUCUGGAUCUCGAUGCUGAUGCAGAUUCCACGGGUGAGCAAGCCGGUGGCACUAGCCAUUGCCCGGGUCUACCCCACCCUCAACUCGCUGCUUGUCCACUACGAGCGGCGCGACCUCUCCGAUGCCGACAAGGCUUCGCUUCUCGCCUCCAUCCACGUCUCGUCUACCGUGUCAUCCGCCCGCUCUCGAUCCCGCUCAGCCCUCGGCCCUGCACUCUCGCACCAGAUCUACACCCUCCUCACCACUCUGGAGCCCGAUCUCCAUCUCUGGCGGCAAUCCAAGUGUACCCAUUGCGGGGCGUGGUCGCCUGAGCUUGUCCUGCGAGGCCCGCUGCCUGAGGACUCGGACGUCCGUGUGGUGGCUACCUUUGCCGACACGACGACCAUGGCCCAUCUCAAUCACAUUUGCAAAGACGGCAUGUUUUCCUGCGACGAUGCAGCUGCUCGACGGAUGCAUGAUGUGGCGGCAUAUGGUGAUGGCACCGGCUGCAACUUUGAGCUUGGCAUCGGAGCUGAAGGCGGCGUGGGGAGCUUGGGAUUUGCAGCGUUUGGUGUCGACACGGCACCGUCGGCGCUGGUGGUGGCGUCGACGGAGGAGGCCGACGAGCUGGGCUACAGCCUUAGCGCGGGCUUGGUCGGCUUCCGGUCACUCUCGCUGGUGGCUGGAGCAGAUGGUGUGGGCGGGAGCGGCGAGAUCGGGAUCGCCAUCCACGCAAGUCUGUGGGGGAAGCGGAUCGGGCUGCGGGCGCUGGUGGCGGUGCUGGACUUUGCGUUUACGCCGCGGCCGGCUGGGCUGGGCCUAGAGCGUGUGAUCGGCUCGACCAAGGCAGCGAACAAGGGCAUGCUUGCAACGUUUGCUAAGCUUGGGCUCGAGUACUCGCACCCUGCGGAUGAGAGCGAGGAUCCGUGGCUGGAGCGGAGCAGUCCGUGA